AAGGGCUUUUAGGUUUAGGGGUUUUAGAAAGUGAGUGGUGGCUGUAUUUCUUCCUCUUCUGGAAGGAGCCGAGAGUCGACGAGGGAAGCAGAGAAAAAGAAAAUGAAGACCAUACUUUCGUCAGAGACAAUGGACAUCCCCGAUGGGGUUAACAUCAAAGUGAAGGCCAAGAUGAUCGAGGUUGAGGGCCCCAGGGGUAAGCUCACCCGCAACUUCAAGCACCUCAACCUCGACUUCCAUCUCAUCAAGGACGAGGAGACCGGAAAGCGCAAGCUCAGGAUCGAGGCUUGGUUCGGCUCCCGGAAGACUAGCGCUGCCAUUCGCACCGCACUCAGCCACGUCGAGAAUCUCAUCACCGGCGUCACCAAGGGGUACCGUUACAAGAUGAGGUUCGUCUACGCUCACUUUCCAAUCAACGCCUCCAUCACUAACGGCAACAAGUCCAUAGAGAUCCGUAACUUCCUUGGCGAGAAGAAGGUGCGCAAGGUGGAUAUGUUGGAGGGGGUUUCCAUUGUUCGAUCUGAGAAGGUUAAGGAUGAGAUAAUAUUGGAUGGUAGUGAUAUUGAACUUGUGUCACGCUCAGCAGCCUUGAUAAACCAGAAAUGUCAUGUGAAGAACAAGGAUAUUAGAAAGUUCCUUGAUGGUAUCUAUGUUAGCGAGAAGGGUAAGAUCUUUGAAGAUGAGUGAUUGUUGUCUCUUGUGUUAUAGUUACAGGGCCACUUUACUUUUCUGUUGUAGUAAUAUCUUGGGACCUUGGUUUUUUGUUUUCUCUUUCCUCAUUCCCUCCCUGGAUUUCAGCUGCAGAGUACAACAAGGAUGUUAUCUUUAUUUGUUGUCUGGAAAAUUUUGAAUAUCUGUUUGAUCUUUAGUACUUUAAUUAUGUCUAAUUGCAUUUUUUAAGUGUUGUGUUUGUUUAUAGAAUUCUUCCUCAACAAAUUGCAUAUUUUGCAAUUUUCUAAGUGCCAAGUUUAUUGGUAUUGGAAAUUUGCACCAUAAUUUGAAGUUGGAUUGAGUUUCUAGUAUGAGUGUUUCCACUUGCCUUGUUUUUCUCCCUGAUCAGAAAGAAUUGCUUAAGAUCGAUUCUAGUGCCUCCCAACGUUCACUUUUUGCCAAGAUGAACAUUAAUGAGCCUCUUUUAAUCAUUCAAUUUUUCAAGAGGCAAAAUGGAAUUCCAUAUAGGAUGGAGGGCGUUAAAAUAAAUAACUGGUUACCAAUCGACAUAGAAAUUAGCAUUUCUAAAAUUACUUCAAUGUUGUAUUCCUAUUAUUCAGUUUCUAUAAUAGAUAUGUAUCAUAUUUCCUCUCAGAUGGAAUGAGGAGCCAUAUUCUAUUGAGAAACAGCAACUGAUCUAGGAGGCAAGUAGGAUAAACAUAAUCUUCGCAAACGGCCUAUAUUGUAACGAAUAAAAAGAGCAGUACAACAGAAAGAGAAAAUUGUGUCCAAGUUAUCAAAAAAAAUAAAAAAAGUUUGGAAAGCAGAAGCAUCUCGGUUUUAAUGGCUUAAAUGUGAAAGAUUGGGAAGUGGGGUAUCUUAUUCUUAUACCGAUUAUGAAUUCCACUGGCUACUU